GAGCGGCGGGCGCGGCGCGGCGGGGCGGAGCGGCCUGAGCAGUGGCGGGCGGGCAGGCGGUCAUCCGCCCGGGGACCCGGCCCGGGACCGGCGGCGCGCGGUGGCCGAGGCCAGCUGCAGGACACGCGCGCCCCGAGCCCGGGAGGCAUGCUGAAGCCAGGCGGCUGGCAGGAUGAGUGUGAAAGAGGCAGGCAGCUCGGGCCGCCGGGAGCAGGCGGCCUACCACCUGCACAUCUACCCCCAGCUGUCCACCACCGAGAGCCAGGCCUCGUGCCGCGUGACCGCCACCAAGGACAGCACCACCUCGGACGUCAUCAAGGACGCCAUCGCCAGCCUGCGACUGGACGGCACCAAAUGCUACGUGCUGGUGGAGGUGAAAGAGUCGGGCGGCGAGGAGUGGGUGCUGGACGCCAACGACUCACCCGUGCACCGGGUGCUGCUGUGGCCCCGGCGGGCACAGGAUGAGCACCCGCAGGAGGAUGGCUACUACUUCCUGCUGCAGGAGCGCAACGCGGACGGGACCAUCAAGUACGUGCACAUGCAGCUGGUGGCGCAAGCCACGGCCACCCGGCGCCUGGUGGAGCGUGGCCUCCUGCCGCGGCAGCAGGCGGACUUUGAUGACCUGUGUAACCUCCCCGAGCUGACCGAGGCCAACCUCCUGAAGAACCUCAAGCACCGCUUCCUGCAACAGAAGAUCUACACGUACGCAGGGAGCAUCCUGGUGGCCAUCAACCCCUUUAAGUUCCUGCCCAUCUACAACCCCAAGUACGUGAAGAUGUACGAGAACCAGCAGCUGGGCAAGCUGGAGCCGCACGUCUUUGCGCUGGCCGACGUGGCCUACUACACCAUGCUCAGGAAGCGCGUGAACCAGUGCAUCGUGAUCUCGGGCGAGAGCGGCUCGGGCAAGACCCAGAGCACCAACUUCCUCAUCCACUGCCUCACCGCCCUCAGCCAGAAGGGCUAUGCCAGUGGCGUCGAGAGGACCAUCCUGGGUGCCGGCCCCGUGCUGGAGGCUUUUGGAAACGCCAAGACGGCCCACAACAACAACUCCAGCCGGUUUGGGAAAUUCAUCCAAGUCAGCUACCUAGAGAGUGGCAUCGUGAGAGGAGCUGUUGUCGAAAAAUAUCUGCUUGAAAAGUCUCGCCUGGUAUCUCAGGAGAAGGACGAGAGGAACUACCACGUGUUUUAUUAUUUGUUACUUGGGGUCAGUGAGGAAGAACGCCGAGAAUUUCAGCUUAAGCAGCCUGAAGAUUAUUUCUACCUCAACCAGCAUAACUUGAAGAUUGAAGAUGGGGAGGACCUGAAGCAUGACUUUGAGAGGCUCAAGCAGGCCAUGGAGAUGGUGGGCUUCCUCCCCGCCACCAAGAAGCAGAUUUUUGCUGUCCUCUCGGCCAUCCUGUACCUGGGCAACGUCACUUACAAGAAGAGAGCCACAGGCCGAGAGGAAGGGUUGGAGGUCGGGCCGCCCGAGGUGCUGGACACCCUGUCCCAGCUUCUGAAGGUGAAGCGGGAAAUCUUGGUGGAGGUUCUAACCAAAAGAAAAACAGUGACCGUCAACGACAAGCUCAUCCUUCCCUACAGCCUCAGCGAGGCCAUCACCGCCCGCGACUCCAUGGCCAAGUCCUUGUACAGUGCCCUGUUCGACUGGAUUGUCCUGCGCAUCAACCACGCACUCCUCAACAAGAAGGACGUGGAAGAGGCAGUCUCGUGCCUGUCCAUCGGGGUCCUGGACAUCUUCGGGUUUGAAGACUUCGAGAGGAACAGUUUUGAGCAGUUCUGUAUCAACUACGCCAACGAGCAGCUGCAGUAUUAUUUCAACCAGCACAUCUUCAAACUGGAGCAGGAGGAGUACCAGGGCGAGGGAAUCACGUGGCACAACAUCGGCUACACAGACAACGUCGGCUGCAUCCAUCUCAUCAGCAAGAAGCCCACGGGCCUCUUCUACCUGCUGGACGAGGAGAGCAACUUCCCCCAUGCCACGAGCCAGACCCUGCUGGCCAAGUUCAAACAGCAGCACGAGGACAAUAAGUACUUCCUGGGGACCCCAGUCAUGGAGCCAGCCUUCAUCAUCCAGCACUUCGCAGGGAAGGUGAAGUAUCAGAUCAAGGACUUCCGGGAGAAGAACAUGGACUACAUGCGGCCGGACAUCGUGGCCCUGCUGCGGGGCAGCGACAGCUCCUAUGUGCGAGAGCUCAUUGGCAUGGACCCUGUGGCCGUGUUCCGCUGGGCCGUGCUCCGGGCCGCUAUCCGGGCGAUGGCCGUCCUCCGGGAGGCCGGACACCUGCGGGCCGAGCGGGCCGAGAAGGCUGCAGGUAUGAGCAGCCCUGGUGCCCGAAGUCACGCGGAAGAGCUGCCAAGAGGAGCCAGCACCCCUUCGGAAAAACUUUACCGUGAUUUGCAUAACCAAAUGAUCAAGAGCAUCAAAGGAUUGCCCUGGCAGGGCGAGGACCCCCGUAGGCUUCUCCAGUCCCUCAGUCGGCUCCAGAAACCCCGCGCCUUCAUCCUGAAAAGUAAAGGUAUCAAACAAAAGCAGAUCAUUCCAAAGAACCUGCUGGACUCCAAGUCCCUGAAACUCAUCAUCAGCAUGACCCUGCACGACCGCACCACCAAGUCCUUAUUGCAUCUGCACAAGAAGAAAAAGCCACCGAGCAUCAGCGCCCAGUUCCAGACAUCCCUUAACAAGCUCCUGGAGGCGCUAGGGAAGGCAGAGCCCUUCUUCAUCCGCUGCAUCCGUUCCAAUGCUGAAAAGAAAGAGCUGUGCUUUGAUGACGAGCUGGUCCUGCAGCAGCUGCGCUACACAGGCAUGCUGGAGACCGUGCGCAUCCGGAGGUCAGGGUACAGCGCCAAGUACACCUUCAAGGUAGGCCACGCACACACAUACCUGGACACACCUGUCUCAUGGCCAAGGCGAUCACCUGCCAAAGAGAGCUCCUCUCUGGAGUGUAAACCCUGCUGGCUGGGUAUCGUGGCUCAUGCCUGUAAUUCCAGCACUGUGGGACGUGCCCACCAGGUCUUCCUGAAGGAGACGGAGAGGCAGGCCCUGCAGGAGACGCUGCACCGGGAGGUGGUGCGGAAAAUCCUGCUGCUGCAGAGCUGGUUCCGGAUGGUGCUGGAGCGCCGGCACUUCCUGCAGACGAAGCGGGCCGCCAUCACCAUCCAGGCCUGCUGGCGGUCCUACCGGGUGCGGAGGGCACUGGAGAGGACACAGGCCGCCGUGUACCUCCAGGCCGCGUGGAGGGGCUACCGGCAGCGGAGGCUGUACCGGCGCCGGAGACAGAGCAUCAUCCACCUGCAGAGCCUCUGCCGGGGGCAUCUGCAGCGCAAGAGCUUCAGCCAGAUGAUCUCGGAGAAGCAGAAGGCGGAGGAGAAGGAGAGAGAAGCCCGGGAAGCUGCAAGAGCAGGCACUGAGGACGGGCCGGAGCGGGCAGCCGGCAGGCAGGGAGCUGAGCCGGGGCCGGAGCCUACAGAGGAUGGCGGGCACCUGGUGUCGGAGCCUGAGGUGUGGCCAGGCGACAGGUCCCCCCCAGAGCACUCCCCACCCGAGAAGGAGGCCCCAAGCCCGGAGAAGACCCUCCCCUCACAGAAAACCGUGGUGGCUGAAAGUCACGAGAAAGUCCCCAGCAGCCGGGAGAAGCGUGAGUCACGUCGGCAAAGAGGGCUGGAGCAUGUCAAGUUCCAGAACAAACACGUCCAGUCUUGCAAGGAGGAGAGUGCCCUCAGAGAACCUUCCAAAAGGGUCACCCAGGACCAAGGGUUGAGCCUCCCAGAAGACGAAAAGGAGAGCAGAGAAGAUGAAACCCUUCUAGUCGUGGAGACGGAGGCUGAGGACACAUCUGAGAAGCAGCCCACGGAACAGCCCCCGGCCAUGGCAGUCGGCAGGGUCUCCACAGACACUGAGAAGGCGCCACCGGGUGGGAGCCCCAGGCCUGGCCAGGUGGAGCGGCCGACCAGCCUGGCCUUGGACGGCAGGGUCAGCCCACCGGCCCCCAGCAGCGCCCCUGGGACCCCCGAGGACAGUAGUAAACCAUGCGGCAGCCUGAGGGCUCAGGAGAAGCCCGACAGCCCUGGGGGCUCCACACAGAUCCAGCGGUACCUGGACGCCGAGCGGCUGGCCAACGCCGUGGAGCUGUGGCGGGGCAAGAAGCUGGUGGCCGCCACCAGCCCCAGCACCAUGCUCAGCCAGUCCCUGGACCUCAGCGACAGACACCGGGUCGCGGGAGCCACCCUCACGCCCACAGAGGAGAGGCGCAUCUCCUUUUCCACGAGCGACGUCUCCAAGCUCCUCCCGUCCCCGGCCAAGGCUCAGCCUGCAUCGGAAACCACGGAUGGAGAUCAAAACUCGAAGAGGCCGGUUGUCCAGAAGAAGAAGUCAGGCGACGCAUCCUCUGGCCCAGAUGCAGGGCUGUCCCCAGGCUCCCAGGUCGACUCUAAAUCCACGUUUAAGAGGCUUUUUCUGCAUAAAACCAAGGAUAAAAAAUACAGCCUGGAGGGUGCAGAGGAGCUGGAGAAUGCAGUGUCUGGGCACGUGGUGCCGGAAGCCACCACCAUGAAGAAGAGCCUGGAAGUCCCCUCUGGAAACCAGCACCGCCACACUGCAGGUGAGAAGCGCACCAAGGAACCCGGAAGCAAAGGGAAGAAGAACCGAAACGUCAAGAUUGGGAAAAUCACGGUGUCAGAGAAGUGGCGGGAAUCGGUAUUCCGCCAGAUCACCAAUGCCAAUGAGCUCAAGUACCUGGACGAGUUCCUACUGAAUAAGAUAAAUGACCUCCGUUCCCAGAAGACGCCCAUCGAGAGCUUGUUCAUCGAGGCCACCGAGAAGUUCAGGAGCAAUAUCAAAACCAUGUACUCCGUCCCGAAUGGGAAAAUCCACGUGGGCUACAAGGAUCUGAUGGAGAACUACCAGAUCGUCGUCAGCAACCUGGCCACCGAGCGGGGUGAGAAGGACACCAACCUGGUCCUCAACCUCUUCCAGUCGCUGCUAGAUGAAUUCACCCGCGGCUACACCAAGAAUGACUUCGAGACAGUGAAGCAGAGCAAAGCUCAGAAGAAGAAGCGGAAGCAGGAGCGCGCUGUCCAGGAGCACAACGGGCACGUGUUCGCCAGCUAUCAGGUGAGCAUCCCGCAGUCGUGCGAGCAGUGCCUCUCCUACAUCUGGCUCAUGGACAAGGCCCUGCUUUGCAGCGUGUGUAAAAUGACCUGCCACAAGAAGUGCGUGCACAAGAUUCAGAGCCACUGCUCCUACACCUACGGGAGGAAGGGCGAGUCGGGCGCUGAGCCGGGCCACUUCGGCGUGUGCGUGGACAGCCUGACCAGCGACAAGGCCUCGGUGCCCAUCGUGCUGGAGAAGCUCCUGGAACACGUGGAGAUGCAUGGCCUGUACACCGAGGGCCUCUACCGCAAGUCGGGCGCCGCCAACCGCACUCGGGAGCUCAGGCAGGCGCUGCAAACAGACCCUGCAGCAGUCAAGCUGGAGAACUUCCCCAUCCACGCCAUCACGGGGGUGUUGAAGCAGUGGCUGCGGGAGCUGCCGGAGCCCCUCAUGACCUUCGCACAGUACGGCGACUUCCUCCGAGCCGUCGAGCUGCCGGAGAAGCAGGAGCAGCUGGCUGCCAUCUACGCUGUCCUGGAGCACCUUCCACAAGCCAAUCACAACUCCCUGGAGAGACUCAUCUUCCACCUUGUCAAGGUGGCCCUGCUGGAGGAAGUCAACCGCAUGUCGCCCGGGGCGCUGGCCAUCAUCUUCGCACCCUGCCUCCUGCGCUGCCCCGACAGCUCCGACCCGCUGACCAGCAUGAAGGAUGUCCUCAAGAUCACCACGUGCGUGGAAAUGCUGAUCAAGGAGCAGAUGAGGAAAUACAAGGUGAAGAUGGAAGAGAUCAGCCAACUGGAGGCUGCAGAGAGUAUCGCCUUCCGCAGGCUGUCGCUUCUUCGACAAAAUGCUCCAUGGCCUCUCAAACUGGGGUUUUCAUCUCCCUAUGAGGGAGUCCUGAACAAGAGUCCCAAGGCCCGGGAGAACCAGGGGGAGGAGCUGGAGGUGCUGCUGGAGGAGGAGGCGGCUGGUGGCGACGAGGACCGGGAGAAGGAGAUUCUCAUUGAACGCAUCCAGUCCAUCAAGGAGGAGAAGGAGGACAUCACCUACCGGUUGCCGGAGCUGGACCCAAGGGGCUCAGAUGAGGAGAACCUGGACUCAGAGACAUCGGUCAGCACCGAGAGCCUGCUGGAGGAGCGGGCCGGGCGGGGGGCCUCGGAAGGGCCCCCUGCGCCUGCUCUCCCUUGCCCCGGCGCGCCCGCCCCGAGCCCCCUCCCCACCGUGGCCGCCCCUCCACGUCGAAGGCCGUCGUCCUUCGUAACAGUCAGAGCGAAGACCCCCCGGCGGACCCCCAUCAUGCCCACGGCCAACAUCAAGCUCCCACCAGGCCUGCCCUCCCACCUGCCCAUCUGGGCACCGGGUGCCCGGGAGGCGGCUGCCCCAGUGCGGCGCCGGGAGCCACCUGCCCGCCGCCCGGACCAGGUACAUUCUGUGUACAUCGCACCUGGGGCAGACCUGCCAUCACAGGGCGCCCUGGAGCCACUGGACGAGGACGGCCAGCUACCUGGGGCCAAGCGGAGGUACUCGGACCCCCCAAUGUACUGCCUGCCCCCCGCCUCGGGCCAAGCCAAUGGCUGAGGACCACAGCUGACAGUCCGCAUGACCGAGGUGGACCCCUGGGCCGGAGCUGAGCGCCAGAGCUGCAGAGCUCGUGUUUGGCCCUCAGAGAAGGAUCCAGAAUCAAAAGCUCAAGAGCAAUGUGAGGUGGGCAUCGGCCCCAAGUGCAGAGUCAAGGCAGGGAGAGGCCGGCUGGAGCCAGACCCCCUCACGCCCGGCCCCCAAAUCGCCGACGUGCCCUCGUGGAGUGCCCCAUCUCUGCAGGUGGCCUCACAGCUGCCCACUCCCCUUGAGUAUGUUUAACUGUUUCUUUGUAUGUGGUAUACGUAACUUUAAACUGUAACAGCCUUAAUGGAAGACCAAAUGGUUUUUAUAUGUGUAUGUACAGUUUUCUAUUAACGCUGCCCGUCUCCCUUGUAACCUGGAGGUGAGCUGUCAGAGCGGAGGCCACCGGGCCACUGCCCGUCUUGAGGCUCAGACUCCCGCCGUGGUUGGCUUGGGGUAGUCAGCGGGCUGGGACCCUCCAUGAGAGUUUUGGACACUUGGGCUACCUGAUCUGCACCUGUGUGACACGUGUCUCCAGGGGACAGCCAUCUGGCCGAUGUGCAUUUGAGGACAUGCUGGAACCUUCCAUGGGGGUCUGGGCUGUUGGCUGGAGCCAGGACAUGAGACAGGGGCACCACGGACCUCACGUGCCAGGGAGACUUGAAUGUGGUUGUCACUUCCGGACGCCAGGGGCUGGCUGCAGGAGGCUGCUCUUGGCACUACCCACACUGAGUGACAGAACAGGAGCUUGUGACUCAGGACUGCUCACAGGCCAGAAGGGCAAAGCCUGAAGUCAGACCUCCUUACAGGUCAACAGGGACAGCCUGGGUAUCUCUGGGGCAGGGCCCUCCUCUCUCAGGCCCGGCCCACCAGACACCUGGACACAUGGCCACAAAUCUGGGACAAGGAACCCCCUGCACAGCGCGAGAAAUAAAAAGUGCCUGAGAAGUGUG